UUCCUCCUGUCGAGAGAACUCUAAAGACACAGGUGUACAACGGUCUAUGACAUGGGAUUAGAACCGCAAUCGAAACAAUAUGAAAAUACUCUCUUUUCAUAAAUUCAAAUAUAAUUUUAUUUUUUAUUAGAUUAUGUAUUGCAGAAAACACUUCUGAGAGAAAAUGGCAGAGUUCUGUGCACAAGUCUUCUAAGAUAAUAAUUGUAUAAACGCUAUUCUAAUGAAAUACGUACAGGUUUUCUGAGAGGUUCGCCGACAGCGUUCUGAUGCGAAGUUCGCUGGGUUUGUUGUAUUACCCGAAUCCUGCAUGCUAUCACGUGACUUCUAUUAAGGCGCUAGCGUGGACUGGGUGUAGGAGCGGGACGGGUCGGGCAAGUGAGAGGGGCAAACCUGUCGCUGUGAUUGAUGACUCCAUAUACAAAACAAGUUGUUGAUAAAUGGAUUGGAAGCUGUCGAAUUCAUGCGCGGGUGCUUCAACGGCGCAGUGAUCAGCCGUCACUGCUGCUACAGGGUGCGGGUGUAUAGGGAGAGAGAUACCUCCGCGUUUGCGAACCUUUACGGUGAUAUUGGGAUAUACCCCGGGGCGGUAGGCGAAUCACGUGAGCAGGGUCGCACACAGACUAAUAUACAGGCCACAAAGACAAGGAAUCGUAGAGCAAAUAACCAAAUGACCUACCUUAAUAAAUUGUGAAGUACGCAAAUCCGAGAAUUUACUGCCAUUUUGUGUCAGGCGCGGAAUUAGAAGGGAAAAGGUGACUUGACGUUAAAGAGAAAGUUUGUUGAGUGAUAGGUGACAGUCAUCCAGUAAGUCCUGGUGACAGGAAAGCCAACGGUCGCGUUAUCACACGGGAACAGGACUAAGACGCUGCAGGUAUGCUGAUGGAAUUCGCCGGUGGGUACAGGUAUCAUCAUCCCGGGGGGUCCCACAUGAGCCAUCCCUCUCACGCCCAUCUUCAUCACCAACACGGAGGACCCCUCACCGUCAAUCACAUGGUUGACCUCUACCACUCAUGUAAGAGUCAUGGCGGAGUGAACCAGCUAGGGGGUGUGUUUGUGAACGGUCGACCCCUCCCUGAUGCCGUCCGCCAGAGGAUUGUAGAGUUGGCACAGCAAGGAGUACGACCUUGCGACAUCUCCCGCCAACUCCGGGUAUCACAUGGCUGUGUCAGCAAAAUUCUCUGUCGGUACUAUGAGACUGGCUCUAUCAAACCAGGAGUUAUCGGCGGGUCUAAACCCAAAGUGGCCACGCCCCGGGUAGUGGAGGCGAUCAGCAGGUACAAGCACGAGAAUCCUACAAUGUUUGCCUGGGAGAUCCGGGACAGGCUGUUGACAGAGGCAGUUUGCACCCAGGACAAUGUGCCCAGUGUCAGUUCCAUCAACAGGAUUGUAAGGAACAAAGCCGCUGAGAAGGCCAAGCGUUAUGAUUCUCUCGAGACUGAUGGUUCCUCACUUCCGGUCGACGAGUUGGAUACCGGAAGUAAUAGUGACAGCCUUCAGAGAGGAGGUCCGUACACCAUUAACGGCAUUCUGGGAAUCAAUUGUGGGCCAGCGCCAGAGACUAGUUCCUCUCACAGCCCGACGGAGAGUCUAAAAAGGAAGGUGGAGCAUACAUCAAUGCAAGGUUCUCGGACAUGUGGAAACAUGAAAAUAUCGGCCAAAGAAGAUAAUCAUGACAAGGAAUGGCUGAGUAAAGUCAGUAAACUGUCCCGACCCUCCAGUACCGCUGGGGUGAACCCUCUCUCAUCGUCCACACAAGAUUACUUCUCACACUUCCCUACCCCGACCCCAGCCCAUCCAGGCACAAACAUGACGGGUAAUGCCUCCACUGUAGAGAGUAAACCCAACCUAUACUCUAACGGUACCCCCUCCACAACAACAGGGGCCAGCCUAAACCACCUCCCCGCCCCGAGCAGCUUACAAGGCCCCGGUUACACCCAUCAUUUCGGCACGAGUCAGGCUGUGUACGGGAAUUCUGGGGCCCCACCCUCACGGGAAUCUGUCAGCAUGAUGCAGCAGUUGGUUAUCCCCCCGGUUUACAGCACCACGAACAGUAUGUCGGCAGCCGACUGUACAUACGGCACGACACCAUACAGCCAAUACCCCGGUGGAAGUUACCCGGACCCCAGCGCGUGGCCGGGGGCCAGAUACAAUACAACAGGGAUGGUGGCGCCCUCGUAUUACCCCACGUCGUCGAUGAGGGUUGGGGACAUAGCCGGUCCCGUGACCAACGCCUACAAGUCCCCUGUCCACCAGUCCCACGGUGGUGCACCAAGGGGUCCCUAAACAAACACGGCUCUCUGGAGACCAAUGGCUACAGGAACCGGAUAAACUCUACCCAAACAAUUUUACCAAUUCUUGAAGCAUGGGUAAAAGCCCCAGGACACUUGUCACACAGAUGUUGUGUGGAAUCUACAAACUGCUUGGCAAAUUUCCCGAACCUUGUUCUUAUGCGUGUGUAUGGGCCGGGAAACGUUACGUGUUACCUGUGGCCAUUCUAAACGUUACGUGUUAUCUAUGGCCAUAUCUGCGCUCCGGUCUUGUGAAACUUUUCCUACAUAAACUACUGGCGAUGGUUGCGACCAUCUUACACACUCUAAAUCUGUGCAAUCUCGUCUUCCAGGAAUGAGUUAGUUGAACUUCAACAACCAGACCUCACAGGUCGUCACAGAGCGAUAAAUCAGCUGGCUUCUGAACACUAGGAAAUAAAACCUAGUGGUUAAAAUUGAGCUGUCGACUCAUAUUGAACUUCGUGGUAGUCUGUAAACAGUAGGAUUGAUUGUUGUCAAUUUCAGUUAAAUUGGUCAAAAAACAAAAAACAAAAAAAACACCAAAGCCUCUUGUGUAAGGAAUUCUGCUGAACACUUCAUAUCAAAUUAUAUACUAAAAAAAGGUUCAUUCAAAUAUUAAGAUUUAUUUCCACUAAAUUGAUUAUUUUAAGCUGUCUUUUCUGGGGAAAAAAAACUGAAUUGUCCCAAACGGCUGAAUGUUUUAUAAAAUAUUGUAUUAAUAUGUUUAUGCAAAUUACCUGUAAAGUUUACAUCCUCAAUUAUAAUUUGCUGCCCCUUAUGACGUGAUCUACAAUAUUGUUUGGUAUAAUUUCAUAAU